GACCUGUUGCGCUCACACCGCGGCUGCUCCACCAGGACCCAGAUGGAAUUUAAGGAGUUCGGAGACGACUCGUCCGAAGGGGAGACGGAGAACCUGGACAGCGUGAAAGCUCUGACUCAGAAACUGAAGUUACAGACCCGUAGACCUUCGUACCUGGAGUGGCAGGAGCGGGUCCAGAGCCGACCCUGGAGGCAGGACGCUUCGGGAUCUGGAGAGGAACAAGUCUCUGUCCCGGUUCUGUUGGGAAAUGCCGACUCAGAGCUGGUCGUGAGGAACAUUUGUGGUUUUGACACUAUGGAUGAUGCUUUGGAGUAUCUGAGAAAAGAGCUGAGAGAAAUGCAGGUCCAGGACAACCUCCUGGCCCGGCAGCUGAUUCGUCUCCGUGUGGAGAUCCACAGACUGAAGGUGGAGCAAGUCUGCCACCGACACAAGGAGAUGCUGGACGACGCCACCUAUGAGCUGGAGGAAUGUGGCGAGGAGUCGGAUUUGCUGUGUGACAUCCCGCUGAAGGCCACUUUCGCUCUGUCCACCCCGCUGAAGCAUCUGGGCCUCACCAAGAUGAACAUCAACUCCAGACGCUUCUCGCUGUGUUGACUUGUGGACAAAUAUCUUUUAAUGGAAGCCAAACUCUGGAGCAUGACAACUUCAGUGACUGAACAACUGCGGAGUCGGCAACUUAAACACAUUAAAUAUGUCUUGACGCUUGACAACUUAAAAAAAACAUUUUUUUUUUAAAUAUUAAAUUGGUUAUUUCAUUAGGAUUUUUUAGAAUUCAAAUUAGGACACUCAAACAAAGAAUUUUAAUUGGCCGAUAAGAAGAAAAGCAUUCAGAAUGCAGAUCUCUGCCAAGCAGCCGGUUUCUGUUGCUUCACAGGGACAACAAGGACCUUGGCCACCAUUUUUCUGCUGUCCCGUUGCAAUGAAUCCUUUAAAGACUUACUGAGUGCCAGAGUACCCGAAUCACCCUCAUCCCCUUACCAACAUUAUAUGAAAAAAGUGAACAUCUGUUCAUAACUUUUUGAGGUAUUCUGUCAACAGGUAGUGGACCCAAAUUGUGAUCAUAUUACCUUCAUGGUGGAGGUACUAAUACUUGUUAGAUAGUUGUGAAUUGUGCCAAUUAAUAUUUGGUCGUUGGUUUAAUUUUGUAGUUGUAUGAAAAAAUAAUGACAAAAAUCAUUUAAAAAUCAGAGAAGUUUAAAACCAGAAACAAUAGUUUCCAAAAUUAUUCAUUAGCGAUAGUGACAUAGCUUGCUUUAGUAGGGUUAGGGUUAAAUUUAUUUAAACUGGCACGGACUAAUAAUAUACGAUUGUGACACUCCAAUGUGGUGGAGGAAACAGUUAUAAUGGCUUUGUUCAACUCUGUAUAAAAGCCAUGUUGAAACCAACAAAACUGAAUCAUGCUUCAGCAGUUAGCGAUUCCUGUCACGUUUCUAGUUUUGAACUUUAGCUUAACUCUAUGACAGUUUGUAUUAAAGUCAACACAACCCAAACCCUCCCUCCGAACAGAGCUAACUCACUAAAAGGCAAACAAAUGGUGAAUAGUUUCCACUGAGCAUAACACAAAUUGUCAUACCAUGUGAAGUCAUAAUGCAGAAUCUCAUUCCAUUGCUUAUUGCAUUCAGCAACUCGUGAAUGAACCAAUGGAGAAAUUUAAUUCUAAUAGUCUAGUAAUACACUAAAGAUGGUCAUAAAUCAGGGCUAUUACUGUAACUCCUUUAUCAAGAUCAGCAAUGAAUAAAUGUGUCCUACAGCACAAAUAUGGCCAGAAAACUGACAUUUAACAGCCAUUCCAACAUUUUCCUCUGAAAAUAAACCCUGUCUCAUGACUGGAAAUACAGGAUUGUGAAGUAUACAUAACAGAAAUAGGUCCUUAAAAAAGAAAUGGGAGGAGCAAAGCGGUCCUCGAGUCAAAGAAGGUAGAUCACAGAGACAUCAGAACAGGAAGAAACUCCCAUAAGGAGCUAAUAAUUUUUUUUUGGAACGUUGGCAAUUGGUAUUUGCUUCAUGGCACUUGAAUGGACACAUUUCAAAACACCUUCUAAAAGAAAAUUGUAAGUUGCAGUACCAUUUAAUAGCCAGCUAGCCAAGAAUGGGUGAGCCAGGAAGUGAGUUAGUUCUGAAAACUUGACUUUUUGGACCAUAUCAGAGGGUCAUGUGUUCUACAAAGGUCAGCAAUAAUAACUCCUUGACUUAAAAUACGAGUUUCAUAAUGAGUCAUGAUUUUAUCUAAAUAAAGAAGCCCUUGUUUCUUGAUGCUACAUGUAGCUUAAUUUCCGUUUGCCUUGCUGCUGAGUUCAAGCUUGCACAAGAGAUUAUUCAUGCUCAUGUGAUAUCCGUUUUACCAUGCCGCGUUAGGUGUGUGCACAGUGUCUUCAGAUCGUCAAAUAUUUAUCCGCAAGACUGUAUUGUAAACAGCUCAUAACAAGAAUGUUCACAGGGAUAUUCCUCUUCAUGUUCACCAUGUGGAUUUAGACUUCUGUAUUGCCUGUAUUUCUUGUAUUGUGAAUCAAAGACACUUGUGACUGAACAAAAGGUUUGUGGUCAGAGUUAUCAGCAAAUUAGGAGUGUAGAGGUGAAGUAGAGUUCAGCUGCAUCACAAUGCAAAGCUCAUGGUUGCAAAUAUUUUCCAACAAAAACAUGUUGUGCUGGAGACACUACUACAGCUACACUUCCACAAAUCAAUAAACUGCUGAAACGGGAAGUCAAACUUCCGUCUGUGCUUUCUUGGCACCGUCAUUCACAACAUGUUUUUUUAACAGCCCAUCUUCACAAACCAAAAAUGUGUGGUCACAGUGCUGCGGUGACACGACCUGCGAGACGGAUUUUGUUUUCCAUUACAAUGUCCAGAUGCUGUACUGUAGACUGUAUGCCUUAUAUGGCUGGAGAGUCCAUGCAGAAGCUCAUACAAGAAUCAGAGCU